UUAGUAGACGGUUACUACGAAACACCUGAUUCAGCCCACGUGUUACAGUUUCACGGUUGGUAUUGGCACGGGUGUUUGAGCUGUUUCACUGUAAACAGAGACCGUGUACAAAGCGACGGUGAUACACUGAACGAGCGUCUCGAGAGAACAAACGCUAUAUCGCAGAGAAUCCGCUCAAGCGGCUACACGUUAACCGAGAUUUGGGAGUGCGCGUAUGACCGGAUGAUAAAAACAGAUUUAGAGAUGAGCGCUUUUGUGAGUGAUCACCCUCUGGUUCGAGCGGAGCCUCUCAAUCCGCGCGAUGCUUUUUUCGGUGGUCGUACGGAAAACAUGGUCACUCUGUACGACGUGAAAGACGGGGAGCAGAUACGAUAUGUUGACGUUUGCUCUUUGUACCCAUACAUCUGCAAGUACGGCAAAUAUCCGGUGGGCCAUCCAACGGUAUACGUCGGCGACGAGUGCAGGGCGCUGACAGGUCCCGAAAAUAAUAUCAGUCUUUCCCGCGUCGAGGGCCUUGUUAAAUGUACAGUGCUUCCACCGCAAAAUCUUUAUCAUCCCGUGCUGCCGGUGCGAAUGCAUCAGCGCCUGUUAUUCGGGUUAUGUCGUAGCUGCUGCGAAACAAUGAACCAGGACGCGUGUCCUCAUGAAGACCCCGCGGAGCGUGUGUUUAGCGGUACUUGGGUAGUGGAUGAAUUGCGAAAAGCUAUUGCGUGCGGGUAUAAAAUAUUAACCGUGAGCGAGAUUUGGCAGUAUAAGAUAACGCAGUACAACCGCGAUACACAGAAGGGGGGCCUUUUCACCGGGUACAUAAACACUUUUCUUAAAAUCAAACAAGAGGCUAGCGGUUGGCCCGAGGGUUAUGCAGAUGACGAGGCUGCCCAAGAGCGUUAUAUAACUGCUUUUAAGACAGCCGAAGGGGUUCAGCUGGAGCGGGGUGCGGUAGCGAAAAACUCGGGGCUGCGCUCGGUAGCCAAACUUUGUCUUAACUCCUUUUGGGGUAAAUUUGGACAACGCGAAAAUUUACCAUAAACAGAAAUAGUGUCGACACGCGAAAAACUUAUGGAGCUGCUAAAUAGCCCCGAGCACGAGAUCACUGGUAUGCUACCUGUUAACAACCAGGUGCUGUAUGUUAAUUAUACGAAAACCAAUGAUGCUGUAAUACCGUCUAAUAUAGCAAAUACUGUCAUAGCUGCAUACACCACAGCCCAAGCCCGUUUAAAACUUUACACCUAUCUCGAACCGCUGGGUAAGCGUACUCUGUACUGCGACACCGAUUCCGUUAUUUAUGUCACGAGAAAAGAGCCUGGAGAGUAUGAACCGCCAACGGGUCAAUUGCUAGGGGAUUUAACCGACGAGCUAAGCUCUUACGGCGAGGGCAGUUACAUUAAGUCUUUCAUCUCAGGCGGCCCUAAAUUUUAUUCUUUCAUAGUUAAUACGCCGAGCGGCGCGGAAAGCGAGGUUUGCAAGGUUAAAGGCAUAACGCUGAAUUACGCAAACAGCUCGCUGAUAAAUUACGAAUCAAUACGGUCACUUAUAAUAGGUGAGAGAGAAAAUCCUGUUGUACUACAGUUUGAUUCAAUACGUCGUAUACCGUUCCACCAGGUUGUCACACGACCCGAAAAGAAAUCGUGCAUGCCUCUGAGCGUCAAGCGAAGACGUGAUGGCGAAUACGGCUCGCUCCCUUACGGCUACAAAUAACCGCUUAUAAAAACUCUCGCUUUAAACAUAGUUAAGCAGCGUUGUAAAAUAUCUAUGUUAUUACUGUAAAAUAUUUAUACUGUUACCGGAAAAUAAAAGCUCUAUACAUGUUUCAA